AUGGCUGCUGGCUACGGGCAGGGUAUGUGGGGUAAUGGACAGAGGGUGGUGGAGGAGCUCGGGACUGGUGACGAUACUGAUACACAAGGAGUUGGUCUUGCUUCGGGGAGACGUUUUUCGAGCGAUCCGCUUCGUUUUACGGGGGUAGAUGUGGGCGAGAGCAUGGUGCGGUCGCGCAGGAAGGCUUACGAGCAACAGUCAGAUGACGACGACGAUACUUCAGACUCGGACCAAGACUCAGAACUCGACGCAGAGAGCGAAACACAGCUUGCUCUAAGAGAAAAGGAAAAUGCUUUGGUGGAGUCUGCACUGCGACGGAUACGACGAGCACAGGCAAAAGGCAAACAGGAGGUCAAACUGAACAAGAAGGAGCUGGCAGCUCUGGAACAGCGGCGCAAGCGAAUGCAGGCCGAAGCUGGCGGGAGCAAGAAGAAAAGGAAGGAGCAGAGAUACGCAGUGCCACUUUCGCAGCUGGGGCCAAUAUCGCAGAAGGAAAACCGGGCCCUCGUGGCGCCUGACGAUACAUUACCUCCCCAUCCCUCGCCUGGAACAUUCGACAGGACACAAGAGGGCAGGUUGCAACCGCCGGUGGGCUGGUUCGCUCACCCACCGUCGUCCCGUCCCGGAACCGCCGACUCUCGCGACUCUCGCAGAUCUUCCGGAAGGGCGUCCGACCGCGAACUCAGCUCAUCCCCUUUCCAGUAUUCUUAUGUCCAGCCGCCCAGCUCACCCUCGAACGCGAGGCAUUCAUCCGACCCUUCCCUACGACAUCGCUCAUCUCGUGGUCCGCUGCCUCACGAAGAAUCCUGGAUGCCGCAGUACGGCGCAUCCGCAUCUACGUCUUCAAUACCAUCAUCGGUUGAUCCUUUUAAAUACAUGACCUCGGGUUCGCAAGCUCCUUAUCAUGCUGGCAAUGCAGCGGGUCGUCGCAAUCGGUCUGGCUCUUCAGUGUACUUGGAUCCCCGCGCAAGCAACGCCCCCCGGCGCCAGUCCAGGCAGAUCAGUCCUGACGACACGGAGAGCGAAGACAGCGAUGAUGAGGAUGACUCUAGCGAUGAUGUGGCUGCAGGAGCGCGCAUUGGGGGCACAAAUGUUGGGCCUUCGAGCGGUCGAGACCAGAUUAUCGUUGAGGAGGAACGUGAGCCUACCCCGCCGCCUCGGCCUGUGACGCGAUCAAAAAAGACCUCAUCAGCUACGUCUUCUCCUAAACGAAAACCUGUGGGCGGUGGAUCCAGCCGCAAGAAAAAGGGCAGCAAAUGA